AUGUCGGUGGUGAUAGGGAGAAAAAUCUUCGCGGAUUUUUGUGGCAGUCAUUUGAAGAAAUUGUCGACGCGUUCGAAAAUUGUUAGGUUUGGUUCUGUCGCGAAUGACAAGUCUGUUAACCUAGAAGAGAAUGCGAAAAGUGGCAUCCCGGCUUCUGAACAUGGCAGGAUUUCUGCCGCUGUUUUGAAGAAAUUUUCCGAGCGCUUCGUUUUAGAAAACGUUGAUCCUCCUAAAAUAUUACAAACUAAUGAAGUUCUUGUAGAUGUUCAGUAUUGCGCUCUCAAUGCAUCGGAUGCAUUAUUGACAAAAAAUAUGUAUACAUUUGAACCAACUUUGCCCAUGGUUCUUGGUUAUGAGUUUGUUGGAAAAUUAAUUCAAGUUGGGGAAGAAGCUAAAGGACAAGGUUAUAAGGUUGGGGAUAAAAUUAUUGCUCUUAACAAAGACCGUUAUGGAGGUUUAGCAGAACAGUGCAUAGCAGAUGUUAAUGAUAUCUGGAAAGUACCAUCAGAGGUGAAAUCUGUUGAUGCGGUGGGUUUGCUCGACGAUUAUAUUACAGCUUUAAUCGCAUUAGAAAGGAAGGUUAGCAUUCAAGAAGAAGAUAUGAUAUUAAUUAACGUGGGUUUAAGUGGCAUUGGAUUAGCUGCAGUCGAUCUUGCAACAAAUGUAUUCAAAGCUCAGGUAAUUAGCGUUUCUGCUACUGAAGAUGGAGCAGCUCUUGCUAGAGAGAAAGGUGUGCUUGCGUCUUUUAAAUAUAAAGGUAAAACAUUAUUGAAGCAAAUCGAAGAGAUAGCUGCAGAUAAUGAUAUCAAAGAAAUCUUUGAUGACGCAGAUGGUGAAUAUUUUAAAAAAGUGUUAAGUUGUUUUACUAAUAUUUACAAAGAUGAAACUACCAUAAAAGAUAUGUUGCGUGAUGAUAAUUUUGCAGUUGUGUUACACCACCUGUCCCGUGAAGGAAGAGUAAUAAUCGCUGGUUCAGCAGUAACUGUAGAAACUAGUGACUCUGAUACGGAAAAGAAUGGCUUUUCUGUUAGUGGAUUCAACUUGAGGCAAUAUAGGAAGAAGAAGCCUGAGUCAUAUCGACAAGCAGGCGAUGAUAUUUUACAAUUUAUCGAAGAGGGUCUAAUUAAACCAACUUGUUCAUUAACAGUUGGAUUACCAAAAGUAAAUGAUGCAUUGGACUUUAUUCUUAACUGUAAAUCUGCAGGAAAAGUUAUUAUCAAUAUGAAAGAUAGGUAG